AUGGACAAGUGGCAGCCAGAAGGCUUUUCCUGUACCCCAACGCUCGCCGACCAGACCUUGACAUAUGAUUCCAGGGACAUCGCCGACGAUGCCAUUGGGCUCGGCGACAGCAUCAUGCUAUCUUGCGGCGAGACUGGGAGGGCAGCUGCUGGCGGUCAUUGGGAAGCGGACGUCUACAUCACCAGGUCAGGUCUGCCGCAUACAGACCCGGAUCCAUACCUCGGUCUGAAGUCUCACCGCACCGCGCGGCAAUCAUCUCGACCACUAGGAGGCGAGGUCGUCAGGUGCCACGGGAGAUCGACGGCGCAGGGAAGUCCUACUACGAUCACGGCCGACCCGACGACACGGAAAGGCGGCAGCAGCGGCGACGUGUCCGGCGCCGGCUUCAUCGUCCCCUUGCCGCUUUCUGCGCGACACGAUGAGACCUACGUCGGAGUGAGUUGA